AUGUCACGCCGCCAAGCCCAAGCCCUCCACCAGUGUGACAAGGCGCUGCCUCCUCUCUACACUCACGGCCUCACCCCGCCGGACGGGACACUGCAGCCUUCACUCACGUGUUCACAGUUCAUCGCCAAGUUGGAGGCAGUGGUCGCCGGACAGCCUAUCGCAAGCCUCAUGACCGCCAUGGACCUUUUCCUUUACGGCAUCCGGGAGCCCUUCCUCUUCACCAUCGUCGCACUCUGGCUCACCGCCACGCUCUACAUCCUCCACUCACUCCUCUACCGCAUCGACGUCCUACGCAUCCGCUCGCACCUCCUCACCACCAGGGCCUCCCACCUCAUCGACGUCAAGGCGCUGCUCGCCGGCAGCCGCAGGAUGCUAUCACUCUACAAGGACGUCGAUUACUUCGACGACGACUUUCACUCAUCAUAG